CCGAGCGCCGCCGAGGCAAAGUCAAUCUGGGUCAGCGCGCGCGGCGCCAGGCUGAGCCAAGAGGAAAUCAGUAAAAGGCAGACCGCGAUUGGACGGAUCUGGCUGCGAUGCGGGCAUUGCGAGGGCGAGAAGAAGGCCGGUGCUGAGCGGCACUGGAUCUGAGCGGGUCUGGUUUCUGAGAGUUGCGGUGGGCAGCGAAGCGGACUGUGAACAGCGAACGGAGGAAAGCAAAGAAGCCCGGUUUUGGAGGUCGUCGACUGCUCAACGUGUGCUCGGCCUCGACAAUAAAACUCUGCUCGUUCCCUGUCUGUCGCGAUGGCCGAUCCCUACUCUUCGCCUCCUCAUCCCCCAUCCUACUCCCCUUCUGACUCUUCCUGGUCCUCUUCUGCGCCCCAGCAGCAGCCUAUCCAGCAGCAGCAACAGCAGCAGCAGCCGCAGUACGGCUACAACAGCAACUACUACGCUCAGCCUCAGCAGUAUCCCUCCUACCAGCAGCCGUACCAGCAGCCGUAUCAGCAGCAGUAUCCUCAACCAUAUCAGCAGCACCAGCAGUUCUACAACAACCACGCAAUGUCUGCUCCGACUGAUCAGCCCGAAUACACGGCCGUGCCGUCCCUGGGCGCCGCGACCUCGGGAGCUCCCGUCUACGUCGCUCCGGUGACCUCAAACACCUCCGUCACCCCAUCCAUCACCCCGCAGCCCGCGUACGGCUCCGCGGGCGGCUCUACCCCCGGCGCUGCACCUGGCGCUGAGGACUUCACGCAACCCGGCAAGCUCGGUGUCCUCGACAUCGACACCGCCUACCGCGCGAGGCCCUCGAACGGCCAUUACUUUGGCCCGUACCUGCGCUACGGCAACAUUGAUCUGCAGACCGCGACAUGGUACGGAUCCGUGAUGGUCGUCGUCGAGUCCGAGACUGCGCCCUACCUGCAGAUCCAUCCGUCGUCUGAUCUCCAGCAGAUGCGCGCCGUCGAGCCUUUCCUGUUGUACCAGUACGAGAACUACCGGUUCUUCAGGUAUAACCUCGAAGUCCCGCAGCUGCAGGGAACGACCGGCCAGUUCUGGACCUACGCGAUCACGCACAAUGGCCAGUCUUUCACCUACGAGUUCCUCGUCGCCGGGGCGCAGCAAGUCGACUGGCGCUUCAUGGCCUUCUCCUGUGCUGAUUUCUCGCUCGGCGUGAAGGAGGAAGAGCGCCGCGAGCUUGGCGGCGUGGGUUUCCUGUGGGAGGACACGAUGAAGCGACACCGCGAGCUCGGAGGACUGCACGCCAUGCUCGGCGGUGGCGAUCAGAUCUACGCCGACAGAAUGUGGCCCGAGAUUGCGUCGCUGCAGGACUGGAUGCACACCAAGGGAAAGCAGAACCGCAAGGACUAUGAGUGGACGCCGCGGUUGGAGAAAGACCUUAACUUGGCGUACUUUUUCUACUACACGAACCAUUUCGAUCGUCCUGGUAUCCGCGACUGUUUUGCUUCGAUCCCGAACGUCUUCCAGAUCGACGACCACGAUAUCUUUGACGGAUUUGGGUCGUAUCCUGAUUACAUGCAGCUCUCGAACGUGUUUGUCAAUAUUGGCCGUAUUGCGUUUGAUUUCUACUUGCUUUUCCAGCACCAGACCACCAAGGCUCUUUUGCAGCAGAACCCGGACCCCAGAGAUCUUUUCACCGUCACCGGUCUCGGCUGGCAUUUCUUGAAGUAUCUUGGCCCGGAGUGUGUCAUCCUCGGUCCUGAUACUCGCGCGGAGCGACAUCAGAAGAGCAUCAUUGGCGAGCAAACGCACCAGGAGCUCUUCCGCCGUCUCGAAGCGCUCCCGCCUACGAUUAAACACGUUGUCGUCAUGCUUGCAGUGCCGAUUGUCUAUCCUCGUUUGACGAUGGUCGAGAACGUCUUGUCCGGCGUCAAGCAGACCAAGCGCGCGAUCAACGGCGCGUGGAACAUCCUCGGCAAAGGAGCGACCAAGGUUGCAUCCGUUGUCGGAGCCGAGAAGAGCACAAAGUCCGGAUUCGAGGGUGUGAAGAAGGCGUUUGGAAAGAGCGGGAUGAUGAGCUCGCUUGUUUCUGGAUUCGGAGAGAUUGACUUGCUCGACGAUCUUGCGGACCACUGGACGCACGAGAACCAUGCUCUCGAGCGAACGUUCUUUGCGCGCAACCUGCAGCGCAUCGCUCGCGAUAAGGGGGUGCGGUUCACGUUUAUUUCCGGAGACGUGCAUCUCUGCGGUAUCGGUCGCUUCAUCAACGCCGACGAUCCCGAGAACUAUCAGCUCAUGUACCAGGUGAUUUCGUCUGCGAUCUCGAACGUGCCGCCUCCAGGCGCGGUCGUCCGCCUGCUGCACAACAAGGACAAGCUGUACCUGCCCGAUAUUAACAGCUCGGCGCACAAGACAGAUACAAAGGAGGAGAUGAUUGAGUUUUUCGACACCGACGUCGACGGCUCAAAGCUCGAUCUGCACAAGCUUCUCGGUCGACGCAAUUACGCUAUCGGAAGCGUCAAGACCGACGGAACUAUGACCUGGGACCUGUACGUGCAGAGCGCUACCGGUAACUACGGCGCAUCUGAGCGCACGAGGAAGUAUGGUCCGCUCAUCGUUCCUCCUGUCACUAGACCGGCGGGUCAGCAGCAACUGCCGUUGGGAGCCCCCCAGCAGCAGGUGCCGCAGCAGCAAGGCGUGCCGGCGGGAAUCUACGGCCCUGAUGGCAUUGUGCAGAAUAUGCAGAGCAUGAAUGUGAAGUGAUUUAGAUUCAGCUUGGUUAGCUUUGCGUUGAGUUUUCUAUUGAUUUUAGAUGUAUUUGUAGUUAUGCAGAUUUGAAUACAUAUUGUGUUGUGAUUCAUGCGUUAAAUCGAUAUAUCCCGCUGUGGCAUACAUUCGAAACAAGCA